AUGCACCUCCUAACCCCCCUAACCCUCCUCCUCACCCUCACAACAGCCCACCCGCUCACCAAAACCAAAUUCAAAACCGAAAGCAUAACCGAGUCCCAAAUCCUAACCAUCGCCCCAACAUCAAACACCUGCGAGGACGCGCCCGCAGCCGGCGAAUGCGCAACCGCAAAAACAGCCGCGACAAACAUUGCCAAGUCCUUCGAUCAAUACGGUGUCACCAGCAAGGCUGAACAAGCCGCUGUGAUUAGUCUGAUGGCCUUUGAGAGUUUGGAUUUCAAGUAUAAUAAGAAUCAUUUCCCCGGUGUUGCGGGGCAGGGAACCCGAAACAUGCAAUCACCAACCUACAACUCCAAAUACGCUUCCUCCAUCCCCGCCCUCGCAGACAAACUGCCUUCCGUCCAAAACUCCCCGGCCGACCUGCUAGACCUCCUGCGCGACAACGAGGUCUACGAUUUCGGUUCGGGCGCUUGGUUCCUGACGACGCAGUGUACCGCUGAUGUGCGGAGUGCGUUGCAGAAGGGUGAUCAGGCUGGGUGGCAGGGGUAUAUUACUGGUUGUGUGGGGACGACUGUUACGGAUGACAGGAAGGCUUAUUGGGAGAGGGCUGUUAAGGCGCUUGGUGUUUAG